GGGACGGUGAGGCGCAUCUUCGCCAAAGGUGAGGCUAAAGAUGGGAGCUUGCACAGACAUUUUGGUAGUGCAGGGUAGGGGCCCUGUGGAUGAAUGGAAGUGUGAAUAUUUGUCGCUUGUAAUAGUUAUUAUGCCUCAAUUGAACAAGAACUGUCUUUUUAAUGAUAUUAUUUUACUUUUCUGUUCUAUUCCGUUGCCAGCUGGCGAACCUGGCGGUUGCCAAGUGCUAGGAUUGUCCUGUUGUUUUCAAAGUACACCUGGCACUACCUGUGGACUUCGCACCUACAGCACCUUCGUCAAACAAACCAACACACACUUAGAACUGCGACCGAAUCAGAAGACAUUGGACGAAAAUUUCCAGAAUGUUUCCUACGCCAGCAUAUGUAUAUUAAAAAGCUCAUAAGCUGUCUGUGUUCACUGUGACUAGGCAACACGCAGGUCUAGACUGGUAUGGUGCCUGAGGCCUGUUGCAUGCACGUGGCAGACAGAGCCUAUGCCUUACCAUGUGUGUUAGGUUACCGUUAAUUGUAUCCGCAGCAAAACACUGCAAUGCUAGCGAAAACGCCCUGACGCCUAAUGACUGGGUGAAAAGCCUUAUGAUGCAACUGGUGGGCCACACUUUGUCUCCCUAGGGGGAUCGAAUCCUUGUGAGCGCUGCUCUACUGGCCGAAAUUUAGCGUGUCCGCUGUUAGCAAACACUAAGAAGCGUCAUGCUAGGCGACGGUGGCGCGCCAAGACCACGCCGAAAUGCUCGUUUACAUCAUUACUCAGACUUGUGCUUUGCGAGGCUGUGCGCUCUCGCACGGGGAUCCCCUCGUAUGCGCUGGGGCAAAAAGAAUCCACAGCAAAUCUAAAUACAAGGCGGCUGAGCCUCCUUUUGGAUCUGCCUACGGUAGCCUCUUUUCAUUUAAAGUUGGCAGCCGCAUCGUUACGCUUAAAGGAAGCGUGUUCGCCCUCUCCCAACGCUCCGCCUUCUACGAUCUUUCAUCUUUUCUUCUUGACAACUUGACCAGCCGAAUCUUAUCAACACAAUGGCCGACAAACAGCAACAGCCCGAGGCAACUCAGCCUCAGCCUCAACAACAAACUCAGCAGCAAGCACCAGAGGCUGUGUCUUCGCAUUCAGCUGCGCAAACCGACGCGAACAACAACGAGCCUCCCCCUCAAUACUAUGAUCCCAAGUCCAGUCAACAGCCACAGCAGCAGACCUCCAAUCAGCAGGCUGCCCCUGGACAGGCUGCGCCAACCCAACGUCAUCCUACAGUGCCACUUCACAUGCUAGCGGACGGGCCACAGUGGAUUGACUGCCCCUUCUGCCACCACCAAUCGCAAACCGUUGUCACCAAGAGAGGCACUGACAUGCAAACCAUUGCUGGUGUCGUUCUUUGCUGCUUCUGCGUGUGCCUUGCUUGCUUGCCCUGCAUCGCUGGCUGGUGCGAGGACAGAGAAUACCGAUGCAGCCACUGCAAGAACUUGGUCGCUGUGCAUCCCGAUGGUGGCGUUAUGCAGAUUUACACACCAGCCGGUCCUGCCCCUGUUGCUGUCCCAGUACAACACCACCAGGUUCCUCAGGGAGGUCAGAAGAUGCAGCAGCCUCCGAUGCAGCUUCCUAUGCAAUCCCAGCAGCACAUUCAACAGCCGGCACCCACGCAUCAACAAGCACAGGCUGUCCAACAGACCCAAGAGCAAACGCAGGGCAUCACACCUGUCGCCGCAAACCAGACAGCACCCACAGCGAACGAGAAAGCCACCCAAUAGUGCCGAAAGCCAACAUUGGCGUUGCUUUUGUUACUUGCUUUAUUGUUUCCUCUUUAGUCAAGAUAUACCACCCAUUCGAUUCCAAAACAUCAAUUAUUUGUAGUAAAAUUAAUACAUGUAUUAAUGUGUCGCAGCUAUUGCUUCAAAGUAAAGGGUAUUCAGUGAUACAUAAUAUUCGGUCUAUCGGUCCCAAACACUUGCCCGAGCAAACAAUCAUACACUUGCACCCCAAAAAUAUAAAAACAAAACUCAAUCGACAUGAAAGAAAAAAAAGAGCAAUCGCCUAUAAACAAACCAUGAACGUGUGAGAGGUAGUCCAGAAAAAAGCGACGCGGUUCUCGCUUCCAACGGCAGGACACAAUCUCGCCUCAAGAAAUUCCGAAUCAUUAAGUCAUUUUUGUGUUGUUUCCAAAUUCACAAGAAUCUUUCGAGGAACUAUUGUCCCCUCAUACAAAGGCAGCGACUCCAACAGAGAGAGCACCAAUCAACAGAGCAACGUUGGCCUUGGGAAUGCUGGCAGCGCUUGGUGAGCCUGUAGCGCUAAUGAGAUCAGCGCCUCCAGUCACUUUGACGGGCAAGUAUGAUUCCUUGUAGUUUGUGUUUGUAGUUGUGGUGGUCGAAGUUGUUGCCUGUGCGUUUACUGGUACUUUUGUAAUGGUCGCCGUGCAAGUCAGCCUGUUGCUAGCUGGCUGCAGAGAGCAGUGAAAGUCUUGCGAGCUGUAUAGAUGAUGUAUUAGCAAUCUCAUACGUGCAGGGGCCCUUGGAUGAUGGGAGUAGAAGUUUUGCACUUACAGGAGGCCAUCUUCGGCAUUGGAGUGGCUGUAGGAGAAAGCCCAGGUGGAUGGACCCUGGAUAAUGGUUGCUGGUUCGCCGUUACCACCUCCGAGGCUGCAAAAGUCCAAGCUGGCAGCAGGGUUGCACUGAACAGCCAUUGUGGUGAUGUUUUCUUUGAUAGCGACAACGGAGCCGACAUAGUCUUGUCUAUCGGCCGGGAUAAGAUACUGGACCAUCUUGGUCACGGCAGUAGUGCUGCCAGCAGCGACCAUUGGGGCCAGCGCCGCAACAGCGACGGCGAUGAAGCGGACCAUGAUAUCACACACAACGGACGGACGAGUGCUCGAGUAAUGAUGUGGGCAGGCAGCGGUCUACCGGGGUUUGGAGAUCCGCGAUCGACUCGUUGCUGGGUUAGGGAAUCUGGGCCAAACUGGUGACGGUUACACAGCUGUAUCGAGGACGAGCGAAGAUGCAGAGUUGAAGAUUCGUUUCGGAGUGAGACGGGCGCGGAGCUUUUUGGUGAGGAAUGGAAUUGGGAGGGGGCGGCGCAGCAAGCUUCCUUUGUAUUCUGGUACGAUCCAGAGGCCAAAGAAUGGACUUGGUAUGCAGACGCAGGCAGCUGAAGCAAGUGGGUGGUGUCCCACUGUGACUAUUUUCUUUUCCCUGGGCUUGGACCUCGUCGGGUUGGGAUGAAUGUUUGUAUAAUUUCUUUUUUCUUACACGCUUGAUAUUGCGACUUGGCUGCAGCAAUGAUAUCACGAGAUGCAGUUUUGACCGCCUAAAGCAGGAUUAUGCAAACUAACUUGGGAGAAGGAAAAAAAGAAAGAGAUUCAGAGGAGCAGCAUAAGAAAAAAAAGAAAUGCCCAACAAUCACGGCAAGGCGGCGACAACGCGGUCGGUCGAGCCAAGGGAGGAAACUAUGCUCUCCACCACGGCAAGCCAAGGGAGGCAACGCCGCUGGGUAGCAAAAAGGAAAAAAAAAACGGGUAGCCAACGUCUAUGAGUGGUUAGCCAACACAGGAGGUGUGGUACCUGAUGCUAUUUUGGGUGCAUUUCUGGGACAUUUUAAGAUUGGCGACCAAGACAUUCCGAGAGCAAGACGAAAGGUGGUGUGGUGGGCAGACAUGGGAAGAGCAAGCACGCAGAGGAAGAAGGGCCCUUUGGGGCGAUGUUGGCAUUCUGAGACGCGAUCAGCUCAUCUAUUGUUUAGCAGCGUUGAAUCGGCAGCAUACAGAAAAAAAAUGUUUCAUUAAUCUUCCGAAGAAUGGCUCGAUGCCGAAUUUGCCUGUCGACGAUAGGGGGCAGCCUCCUUGGAAGUUGUAUGAGCUGCCGCCCUCGCCGUUUUAGCAUUGUUUGAUUAGCCUAUUAGGCAAAAGACAAGUUGAGGAAGCCCUGGCACAGCACUCAACCCUUACAGUUGAGGAAACAGAGGUAAAACUUAGUGGCCCUUGAGGUUUCUUACGCCAUUUGCUGUUACAGUAUGCAAGUGCCAUCGCGCAACCCAGACUGCUUACAACUUUACGGUACGAUAACAUGCUCUUGGAGUGUAUGGUCAAUUCUAUUUCUCUAACAAAAGUAACUUUUUUCUAUUAUUAUAUCAAACUCUUCAGCGCCACACCGGCAUUCGAGAGCGAAAAGUAUAUGCUCCAUAGUUUUUGUGUCGCAUCGUGUUCGCUCAGCAUUCCAGACCUAAACUCAGUCGCAUCCAGAAGCACUGCUGCCGAGAGGCAAGGUUGUCUCGCUAAGCGCCGUCCUGCGGUAGUAAUGUGCGCCACCGCUUGCUUGUGUCCACAGUGUGAACAUGGUAGUUUUCCCGGCUUCAGUGUCGGUGAAACAUCGCAAGUUAUCCAGCCUACUUUUUGAUUUGCUGCUUGUCGGAUUCAUACUCAAAUGUAUCAUACUUGCUCUUGGCCCGAAUUCUGGGGCCAUAUUUGAAAAAUACCCACGGUAGUGGCAUCAAGGCAACCGUGACGAAUCCAAAGAAACUCAAGGCCCAUGAGAUGUGAAGAUUACGAUACACUAAACAAAAACAAACCGCAUGAUUAGUUUCAUGUAUUGCUUUCAGGAGAAAAUCGGACAACUUACUCUGAACAAUGAAUAGCGGGAAUGCUCCUGCGAAUAUAUAUCUUGUCAAGACACCCGCGCUGGCCUGGCUAGCUACAACCGUUCCCUUAUCAUGUCGAUGGGCCGCAUCAGACAUAUACUCAUGAUUGCGCGGAGUCUCGGCCAAAACGGUGGUUUCGGCGGGACUGUUUGUUCCUGGGAUAAAGCCAGACGGCGUUUUAGAACCGGUGCAUAGGUUUCCUGGGACGUGACAGCGAGGAGGAUAGGAAUGGCCGAGAAGAUGACCAAUAUCCACAUCGUCCAUCGCCAACCAAGACGGUUGACAACGAAAGCGCCGAUGACAGGUCUAUAAAGAGAGAGAAAUGGUUAGCUUACAACAAGCAAUGAAUAGAGAGGUUGAUGGGAGAGUCAUCCAUACCCAAUGCCAGGUCCCAGGAAGGCGGUCAGGACAAAGACAGAGACGACCGAGCCGCGGGUUUUAGAGCUAAAUGUUUCUGAGAUGGUUCCUGAUGCCACUGCCAGCGCAGGGCCCCAACAGCAGCCUGCGGCAAAGCGCCAGAAGCACAAUGCGCCAAAGUUGGGUACAAGUGCGGCGCCCACUGUAAAAAGGGCACCAAGAACGCUGGUGUAGCGGAAGAUGGGUUGUCGGCCUACGAUUUCAGAGAGUGGUCCUGCA